UGCCCUCUCUUACCCCGUUAUCAGUAGCCUGAAACAAAAGCAAAACCAAACUUUGAACCAAAACCCUAAUUCUACCCGUUGCUGCCUUUUUUUGUUUGUUUCAUUUUGUAAACCAUUCUCUUCCAAUCAAUUAAAUAAAAUUAAAAAGAAAUCAUGAAAGGAACGAAGCGUUUCGCCCCGUCGGAGUCGGCAUCGGAACCGAACGACACUGCCUUUCGGAAUAAAAGAAUACUGGCGGGAUCCCCAUUUGAUUUAUAUAGGACUGAGCCAUCCCAACAGCAGUCAACAGCAACACCACCAUUGGAUAUGCAAAGGGCAGAGUCAUCCCAUCAGCACGUGCGUGCACUUAAUACACAAUUUGCAAGUUGGGUGCAAUCUCAAUUAAAGAAUCACCCUGAUGAACUUUGGGAAGAUGGUGUUCGAGACUACUUGACUCAUGCAUCAAACAUUAUGGAGAAAUUCAGUGAUGUUGUCAACUGGCUCAAAGCAAAUGCUUCGAAAGGAGGAAAUUUCUCUUCUGCUGAUAGUCAUACUUCUGAAAAAAAAUUAGCUCCUGAAAUCAAGAAUAAUGAGUUAAAACCAUCUCAGGAGAAAACAUUUGCUCCAGCAACAACUACAAGCUUUGGAAUAUUCUCGAGCAGUCAACCCAGUGUACAACCCAGUCUUUUCUUUGGAAAUCAAAGCUCAGUUUUCAUGAACCAUAAUGUUUCAAAUAAAGUUGACGGCGGAAAUCAAAGCUCAGUUUCCAUGAACCAUAAUGUUUCAUAUAAUGUCGAUGAUGAAGAUGAAUUACCCCAGCCUAGCAGUCCAUCACUAAAAAAGUCUGAAGAGAAGGGCAUUGUUGUAGUCCAUGAAGUCAAGUGCAAACUCUAUGUAAAGUCAAGUGAUCCUGCUGAUAAAGAUGCGUGGAAAGAUAAAGGCACAGGGCAGCUUUCCAUUAAAUGCAAGGAGGGUAUCAGCAAGGGUACAAAGGAGUCCAAACCAACAAUUCUUGUCCGAAAUGAUGUUGGAAAACUUCUGCUUAAUGCAUUGUUAUAUCCAGGAAUCAGGACAAAUUUACAAAAGAAUUCCCUUGUUGCGAUAUUUCAUACUUCGGGUGAUGAUGCCGGUAGUAAUGAUAAUGGUACUGUUGUGGCACGUACUUUCUUAAUCAGAACUAAAACAGAUGAAGAUCGAAAUAAGCUCGCAGCGGCAAUCAAAGAAUAUUCACCAGCCUCUUGAAAGCAAUGUAGGUGAUAGUCUUUUUUUCUAGUACCUUUAGCCUAAGAAAAUGUAAUGAUUGGUGCUGGAUGAAUGCCAUUUUUCCCUUUUUUUUGGGGUUAAAUUAUUCAAAGUCUGCCAUGUUAUGAAAUGAAGUAGUGUUAAAUGCUUAGAAAGCAACUGGGAUCAAUUUCCUGAAGUCGAAGUCGACUAAAUAAUUGUAUGCGUAAGAGACUAUAGCAGGUAGCUGCAUCAUAAGAGAAUAGUCGAAAUGAUGAAUAUUUUGCUGCAUUAUUGAAGCCACAACCAUUUUUCCUCCUUUUAGUUGUUGUAUGCACAAUGUGAACUAUCAUUGUUAUUCAUGAAAGAAAAUUUUAGAGUUUUAUUUACCCUUUUA